AUGGGUCAAGGUGUUUCCAGUUCAGAGUCGGCGGCUGAGCGCUACUAUCUUCAAAAGGUGAAACUCGGAGAAGGCUCUUUUGGCACUGUCUGGCGUGCUGUCGACAGGCAUACCAAUAGCACUGUGGCUGUGAAGCAGCUGGACAAGGCGGUGUUGCCCAAGCGCGGCGUACGCCGCUCGGACAUCGAGCGAGAGAUUUCCGUGAUGCAGGCGGUGGAUCAUGAGAAUGUCACCAAGCUCUAUGGCUCCUGGGAGGACCAGCAGAGUAUCUUCCUGGCGCUUGAAUAUUGCAAUGGUGGGGAUUUCGGAGACAAGGUGAAAGAGAAGGGCUUGGACUUGGCUGAGACGAUGGCCGCUGAGUGGAUGUACCAGAUCGUCUCAGCCAUUUGGGUCUUGCAUUGCAAGAACAUUUGCCACAGAGAUAUCAAGCCAGACAACUUCAUGGUCCAUGAUGAGGUCUUGAAGCUGUCGGACUUUGGCUUGGCAGUUCAUUUGCCUUGGGGCUCGCGUUUGACCGACAAAUGUGGCACGCCAGCCUUCAUGUCGCCAGAACAACACCAACUUCCGCGCGACAGCGGUGGUUACUGCCAUGCCUGCGACGUGUGGGCAGCGGGCAUUACCAUGUAUAUGGUGAUGUUUGCAGGGAAGCACCCCUUCAUCACUGCGAGUCAACAACUCGACCAACAAGCUCUGAUGGUCGGGCAAUUGGAUUUCAGCAUCAGCAGUGGCUUCUUAGGUUUCGCCAUGCCGAAGGACCGGUACAGUCAGACAGCCCGUGUCUUUUGCAGACAGAUGGUGACGGUGGAUUUCCCGCGACGCAUCACUGCGGUAGAAGCGCGGCAGAGCAUUUGGUUCCAGGAGCAGGGCAUUUGCAACGGUCGCAGAGAGGUGCCGCGUCGGCCGGACGUUCCAGAUUCUCCUCCUGAGGAGGGUGGAGUUCCCUCGGAAGGAGUGCCAGUCUGUAAGCCAACUGUGCCGGCCAGGCCAUCGCCAGAUGCGGCUGAGAGCAAGGAGAUUGGUGCCAGCUGGUGGCCCUUCACGCCUGAACCGAGGGAUGAGGGGAAACCCAUGGUGAACUCCUCUCCUCUCUCCGCACCCAGAAGGAAGACCACUGCCUUCAUGUCGCCAGAGCCGCGCUCCGAGCAAUCUGUAGAGGCUCCGAAAGAUGAACUGCAACAGCAGAUUCAGGACUUGGAGAAUCAGCUCAGGCGUUUGCAUGGUGAGAACCAGAUGCAGAAACAGCAGAACGAGUCGCAGUUCCAACUGCUCUUAGAGAUGCAGCAACAGUUGAAGAAGCAGGUGACGCAAGACUUCGAGGCCACGGUCGCCAACGUUGCGGCCGCCCAAACGCCCAAAGCUGUGGAGGCCGAUUCCAGCCCACCGGUGCAGCGUAGCACCACACGAAGUCAUUCCCAGAAGCUCCAAACUGCUGCUGCUAUGGACGUGUUGCCAGCCAACCAGACAGUCGCCAAAGGAAUGCGCUGUCGUUACUGGUCCUCGACCCAUGGAGGUCGCUGGCUACCGGCCUGUGUCACCAAGGUGCACAGUGAUGGCACGGUGGAUCUGGACAUCAAACAGCACGCCUCCAUCGAGAACAUCUCCCCAUCACCGGAGGUCGCUGAGGCGGAGGCGUGGCCCCCGGGGACCAGCGUCAGCUACAACAGCAGCACCGCCAAGCGUUGGAUCCCGGCGGUGGUGCAGUCGUUCAACUCGAUGAGCAGCACCAAUCCUGUUGGCAGCUACAACCUGGACGUGCGUCCCAUGGCGGACUGUGAGAAGAUCCGGCCCCGGCUGUUGAAGCCGGAAGUGCUGCACUUCACCGGGUGA